AUGGCUGAAGAGUUCUGUCCUGCGCUGCUGGUUUCCAUCUUUAAAUUCCACCCUGCUGCUGUGCUUGUGACCAGCUCCUCUCUGAGAAUGGGGCUCCGGGCGGCCAGUUCUGUGGAGAUGGAAGCAGUUCUGUCAAAGCCUCGGUUCCAUUUGGACCUCUGGCUCGGCUUCACCGUCCACAACUGGAUCCUGGAUGUGGGCCGGCCUGUUGUCAUGCUCGUCCUUCCAGCAGACUGGUUUCCUCUGAACCGUCCUGGUGCUGCAGAAUACCUCCACAUACUGUACAACAUCACCACACCGCUCAUCCUGCUCAAAAUGCUUGAACGCAGCCCCAGGACGUUGCCCCGGCCUGCUGUCCAUGUCGGCAUCAUUGCCGUCGUCAUGGGAACCAGCCUCCACCUGGCAGCCGACUCCAUCACCCGACGGCUCUUGGUGAUUGGCUACCAGCUGCACCUGUCAAUCAGAGAGAAUCCAGUCAUGAGGAACCUCAAACCGUCGUCUCUGAUCGAUGCCUUUGAGCUCCUGUUUUACUUUGAUGACACCCUUGGUCAUCUGAUGUGGUUUGUUCCCCUCUUCCUCGUCCUCUUCCUCUUCUUCAGUGGUUGUUUCAGUCACAGGAGACAGGAGGAGAAGAUGCCGCCGGCAGGGUGGAUGCUACUGGUCCCCAGUGCCGCCUACUACUGGUGA